AUGGCUGAGAAUAAAACUAAUGGGGACAGAAGAAGUGAGGAUGAAGGAAGAGGAAGAGGCGGACUAACUCAAUCUUCCUCAAACCCGAUUCGUGGACAAUCCCCAGGGACCAAGAGGCAUCUUCCUCGAGGGAUUGUGAUCCAGCUCACCGGGACAGAGGGAGAAUGGGACAGUCUGGACGACAGUGAGCUCAUCUUCUCCCUCGAACACGAAGACGACUACCCCUCCAUAUCUCUAUCCAAAGUAAGGCAGCUUUCUGUGGAGGAUGACAGAAAGCUGCAUUCCCAAGCGUUCCACGUUCCACUUUCCCCCUCUUCUCCUGGCUCUCUGGGAAACCUCUCCACCACCGGUUCCAGCUUCCUUUCCCCAACCGUUUCCUCUCCCAGCCACAGACCCCUCUCAAAGUCUCUCUCGACGGAGCUGGAUAUCAAAGAAGGUGCCACUCUCAGACCGAAACCCUUUCUCAGCCUCGUGAAGUCGAUAUCCACCGAGAUCUCCCGCUCAGAGCCGGCGGUGUCGCAGUCAAAAUCAGACUCCCGCUUGAACCUCCAUCUGUGGAAGCAGCUCACCCAAAAACCAAAAACCCGAAGCGAUGGCGACUCUCGCACUGCGCCGCCGUCUCCAUGCGCCCACUCCCCAAGUGGAGAGGGGCGAGGGGGUUUCUUCAAAAUGGAGUUGGAGGACACCAAGAGGAAACUCUCGGAGGCCGUGCACGAGCCUCUGAGCAACAUGUUCAGUAAGAUCAUGAGAGAAGAUAGCGCGAGUAGUCCCAAACACCAGACUAAAAGCCAGGGGGCUCAGCAGGUCAGCGCCAGAAGUUUAGGGCAUGAAGGUAGCACUGACACAAAUCUCUCCGAAUCUCCUGUGAGGAACACUAAGAGAACAGACGCUGACGUGUUGCCGGUGUUUGACUGGCCUUCUGUUCAAUCUCCUGGGAGAAUCCACCAUAUCUCCUGCCCUUUGCAUCACAACAGACAACAUCAAAGGGAUGAGGAGCUGGAAAUAUGUACAGAUGGAGACGUGAUGCAAGUGUUAGCCGUGGAGUCUCAUAGGCAGGCGAGGAGAUCACCUACCAAUGAACCACCCAUGGUUAGGACUUCUUCUCUUUCUCAGCCCCAUCCUCUUCCACGCAUGACUUUGUUCGGCGUUGCAUUGCUCUCCUAUGGAUACUUCAUCCUGCCUCUCAGUCCCUACGUCUCUGGCCUGGCUCUGGGAUUAGCUUUGGGCUUCUUGCUGGGACUGUUGCUCAUUAGGAUGGGUUCGCCCAGGUCACGCUGCUCGGAUCCUUCGUACAGACCAACACAGACUCUGCUGGGAGAGGAGAUCCUGACAGGUGGCAACGUCAGCUCUGAACCUGACACCCUGAAGGGCUGGAUGAAUGAAAUACAUGAUUACGACCCAGAAACCUUCCAUCCAGCUCUGACUCAUUCGGUGUUUUCCUUCCUGGAGGGCUCCUCUCUCCGUCUGGACUCUCCGCGAAACAACAUCAGCCGCAGGGCCGCGUACGAUGAGAGGGUCCAGGAGGCCGCCUUCGUCAAGUCACGCUCCUUCCAGCUCGCAAAAAGCAAAGUAUUCCUGCUGCCAUCUGUUCUGGCUCGGAAGAGGACGUGGAACCCAAAGUAUCCCAUCUGCAUCCAACUGGCCGCCGGAGCGAACUCUGGAUGGGAGGAGAGUCGGGAAGAGGGACCAGAACCUGGAAGUCCUCAACAAAGAUCCAUUCCCAGGACCCUUUACCUCUUCGGACGCACAGGAAGAGAGAAAGAAGAGUGGUUUCGUCACUUCCUGCUAGCGUCCACGGAUCCAGAGAGGGAAAAGGAGAGAGAGCCCGGCAGAUGUGAGUCCAGAUUGGGUGACCCAGCGUUGGCACACAGCGUUUCUGCCCAAGCUAACGUCCCGAGCAGCAGAGGCCUGAGCAGAAUAGGCAGCAGUGAUGAAGACGCCACCUUCAUCCCUCCAGCACCCAGCCUCCCUGUCAGUCAGACCACCAGCAGCACCAGGGGCCUUUCCUUGCUAGACUACCAGGGAUACAUGUCCCGUCUCCUGGCAACGGAGGAGUUCACGCCCCUUUCCAGUCCUGGAGCCAGCAGCAGUGCAGAACCGAGCCCCACCACCAUCAAAGGGAAUUGUACCUGUGAUUUAGCAGAGCAUCCUGGGACAAGCCAGACUGCGUGGGCCAACGCUCUAAUUGGUCGAAUCUUCUGGGACUUCCUGCGAGAGACGCACUGGGCCGACGUGGUUUCCUGCAAGAUCCAGAAGAAGCUGAGCAAAAUCAGACUGCCUUACUUUAUGAAUGAGUUGACUCUGACUGAGCUGGAUAUGGGCAGCUCUCUGCCCCAAAUCACCGCUACCUCCAGACCAGAAGUCAACCACAGAGGUGAGUGCAAACAGCAUACAAAUACCUCUUAA